AAUAAAGGGACUUUUGUUUUGCCUCUUGGAGCCUGCCGUGCAGUGACGUCAUAAGAGUUGCGCUAACAGCGUUACAGCUCGUCUGUCGGUUGAGGGAAGUUGGGGUGUUUGUGUGAGGUCUGUUACUGUGAAGAAGUAAAAAAAAAACAGGAAUCACAGCUGCUGUCACAACACAUUCAACUACUCUACUAUUCUGAUCCACUGUUGUAAUGAUGGAGUGUGUUAAAGAGGAGACUGAUCCUGAAUCAUUCACAAUAACACCUGAAUAUACUGAACAACAGAGAGGCCUGAUGGGAGUGCAAGACGGAGGUCAACAAAAAAAUGAAAUAAAGGAUGAAGAUCAGCACCACAAUUUCCAAAGUGAAGAAAAUUCUUUCAGUUGCUCACAGACAGAUGAGGAUUCAGCUCAAGAAAGAGCAGAAGACAAAAUCUCUUUUGCCUGCAAUCCUAAUGGUGAGACUUUUUCACAAAAAGAACAUUUACAUGUUGACAUAGUGACUUACACAGGAGAAAUGCCUCAAUGUGAAAAUACUUGCACAAGUAAAAGCCACCUUGAGGAUAAUUUUAUAAGUCACACUGGUGAGAACACCUUUGCAUGCCCUAAGUGUGAUAAGUGUUUUAAACGACAAAGAAAUCUUAAUGCUCACAUAAAGACUCACACUGGCGAAAGACCAUACGCCUGUCAUCUGUGUGAAAAGACGUACAUAUUUAAAGACCACCUUAAGGAUCAUUUAGUGAUUCACACUGGUAAGUGGCCCUUCACCUGCCCUCAGUGCGAUAAGGGUUUUAUACGAAAACAACAUCUUGAUGAUCACAUAAAGACUCACACUGGAGAAAGACCAUACGCCUGUCCUCAGUGUGAUAAGACUUACAUAUGUAAACAGCACCUUAAGCAUCAUAUAAUAACUCAUACAAAUGAGAAACCCUAUUCAUGCCCUCAGUGUGGUAAGUGUUUUAAGCAAAUAGGAAAUCUUAAUGUUCACAUAAAGUCUCACACUGGAGAAAGGCCCUACAGCUGCCCUCAUUGUACAAAGACUUACAGACGUAAAGACCACCUUAAGGAUCAUUUAGUGAUUCACACGGGUGAGUGGCCUUUAACAUGCCCUCAGUGCAAUAAGGGUUUUUUACGAAAAAGACAUCUUGAUGAUCACACAAAGACUCACACUGGAGAAAGACCCUUCACCUGUCCUCAGUGUGAAAAGACUUUCACAUGUAAACAGCACCUUAAGGAUCAUAUCGAUAAUCAUACAAAUGAGAGAUCCUUUGCAUGCCCUCAGUGUGGUAAGAGUUUUAAACAACUAGGAAAUCUUAAUGUUCACUUAAAGUCUCACACUGAAGAAAGGCCAUACAGCUGUCCUCUGUGUGGAAAGACCUACAGACAUAAAGGACACCUUAAGGAGCAUUUUCUUAGUCACACUGGUGAGAGGCCCUUCACCUGCCCUCAGUGUGAUAAGAGUUUUUUACAAAAAAGACAUCUUAAUGAUCACAUAAAGUCUCACACUGGAGAAAGGUCACAUGCCUGUCCACAAUGUGAAAAGACUUACAUAUAUAAAGGAGAUCUUUGGAAACAUUUAGAAAGUCACAAAGAUAAAAGGCGCUUCACCUGCCCUCAGUGUGAUAAGGCUUUUUUACAAAAAAGAAAUCUGGAUAUUCACAUAAAGUCUCACACAGGAGAAAGACCAUACGCCUGUCAUGAGUGUGAAAAGACUUUCACACGUAAACAAUACCUUACCGAACAUAUAGUAACUCAUACAGAUGAGAGGCCCUUCACCUGCCCUCAGUGUGCUAAGUGUUUUUCACUAAAAAGAAAUCUUGAUAUUCACAUAAAGACUCAUACUGGAGAAAGACCAUACAGCUGCAAUCUGUGUGUAAAGACAUACAAAUGUAAAAAGUCUCUGAAACGACAUAAAAUAAUUCACACUAUUCCCAAGCCUUUCUCUUGCCCUCACUGUGGAAAGAGUUUUAAACAAAAGGAAACCCUUAAUAUUCACAUGAGGAGUCACAGUGGUGGUAGGACUUACACCUGUCCUCAUUGUGGGAAGAUUUUCACAACAAAAACACAUUUAGAGGAUCACAUACGAGUUCACACUGGAGAGAAACCUUUCAGCUGCCCUCAGUGUGACAAGAGUUUUACACAACGAGGACAUCUUCAGUAUCACAUACGACUUCAUACAGCUGAGAAGCCUUUCUCAUGCCAUCUGUGUGAUAAGCGUUACAUGCAGUUACGAAGUCUCAAAUUUCAUCUGAUGUUUCGCCAUAAUGGAGAAAACCACUAAAUGUGCUUACAUGGAGAAUAAAACACUGAGUCUGUGACGCUGAUCAAACACAAGUGACUGUAUACUGGAGAAGCUGCACUGCUGUCAUUCAUAUUGGAGAAGUUUUAGACGAUCACACAGCUGUAAACUCACAGAUAAAAGCGCAGUCUGGAAAAAGUGAACAAAGAUAAACUUCUAUCUUCAGGUCCAAACACUUGAUGUGAAAUACAGAUAAACCUCAAGACUGAAUUACCGUAUUUUCCGUACUAUAAGUCACAAUGGAGUAUGUGUCCCAUCAGUCAAAAAUUCAUUUUGAAUAGGAACAACAUAUAUAAGUCGCACUUGACUAGAUGUCGCGUUUAUUUAGAAAAUGAUUUCACAAAAUCCAAGAACAGACAUUUAAUCUGGAAAGUUAUUCAACUAAACAAUGGCACACAGAACACCAGGCUGAAUAGGUGUCCGUACAUGUUAACGUAACAUUAACAUUUAUUCAGCAAACAGUAGCCUACAGAACCUACCUGGGAGCCUGAAUAGGCUAAAUUUACAUGACAAGCCAAAUCGAGUUCAAAAAGGUCCCGAAGUCAUUGCACAUCACUGAAUCCAUUGAAUUGCAUAAAUACAUGAGCAGUAUAUAGCAGACUCUUGCGGCUGUAGACGGUAAUGGUUUCUCUUGGUUCAUAUGAAUACAUUUUUACAUAUAAGUCGCACCUGAUUAUAAGUCGCAGGGCCAGCCAAACUAUGAAAAAGUGUGACUUAUAGUCCGGAAAAUAUGGUACUGAAAAAUAUUUUUGUUGUGAAUUUUUUUUGUAGAGCAUUGUGUUAGCAGUUCAAAAGGUCAUGGGUUCAAUCCCAGGUAGACACAUUCUGAUGAGAUGUAUAGCUUUAAAGUGAUUUAACUUGCUUUUGAUAAAUAUGUCAGACAAAUGCAUUGAAAUGUAAAUGUUUUUUCAAGAUUUAUUAUUUUCAUGUUGAAGUAGCAGUACUAUUAGAUUUGCACUCAUUAAAGGUAAUUAGUUAAAUAAUGGUAACAUUAUUUAUAUUCUUCCAUAUACUAUAUACAUUUAGUUAAUUAUGGAUAUGAUGGAAAAAUAACUAAACAUUUUUGUGACUGAAGUGAGAUUAUUAAAG